AUGCCUGAUAUUAAGAAAAUCGAAAGUUUUUCGGAUAACGAUGACUCACAAAAUCAAAUACAGCGGGACAGAAAAAUGCGCGAAAAUCGCAAAAGAUCGAACGAUAAAUACCAGAACAUAAAAAGCAAACAAUUGCGCAAAAUCAAAUUAGCUAAAUUCAUUGUUAACGAUCUAAAAAAUUACGGGCCGGGUAAUUUGAUUCACGUAAACGCGCUAAGUACUAUAACAGGGAAAUCUAUUCGAAUAUGGAGAUCGAAAGAUAACUUAUAUCAAACGAUAGAUGAUCCAACGAAUCAAAGAUCGACCAAGGAUUUCAUCGACGUAGAAUAUCACAAACAGUCAAAUUUAAUAGGACAUUGGACGCUAUUAAAUAAUAUAGAUCCUAUUAAUGUCGAGCUGGAUUUAAACGCGUGUCUAUUUGCAGCAAUAGCUGCUCAAAGUGGAGAAAGCACUGACGAUUUAAGAAAUAAUACUAUUGAUUUUUUAACAAAUAAUUCCAAACAUUUAAUCGAUCAAAUCGAUAAAUUUUUAUCCUCGAAUAAUAAUGCAAAACAGCUAAUGAUGGGCGGUGCUCGAUAUAUCGGUACAUCACCUAGAGCAGCGGCUAUCAUUCUUGACAAGUCGCAAAAUGUUUUGUGUCACGAUUGUAGAGCACUUGGUCAUCCAAGAGGGCACGCAUCCGACAGAUUUGCUACAGGCCCAGAGGAUAGCGUCGAGAACUAUUCUCGAACGACGCAUUCAAGGAAAUCUGGUUUUUUGAGUAGAACGGAUCAAGACAAUGUCGCCCAUCUCGUCUUAAGUCAUGCAAAAGCGAGGCGAGCAAUGAAAGAAUUAAAUACUGGCGCGACAUCCAUAGCUGUAGAGUUGUCGCGUAGAGAUUUACAAACGAAUCAUUUUAUUCUACCUCAAAUGAUGGAAUUCUACAAUGGUACGGCGGAUUCCGAGGAAUUAGAUAUUAAUUGUGUUAUAAUAGUACUGAGACAUCAUACAGGAAAAUAUAGAGAUCCCAAUGCAGACGUUUUUGUACAUACAUUUUAUCCAAAAAGAUAUUGUUGA